AGUAGUUAGCGGUGGUCACGAUAAGAGGGUUAUCGUGCCGCGCUGCUUUUUCAAAGUAGCGUUCCGACGCUUCUCUCAGAUACCUACUUACGUAUUGGUUCAAGUUUUAAGUCGACGUGAAAACUUUAUUUAAUGAUUCGAAAAUUAAAUAAGAAAAAACGUUGUCUUCAUUUUCUCUAUUCAAUUAAUUAAAACUACUUUCACGGCUUAAGCUCAGUCAUUAUAUUGCGAUGACCCUAGUUAUCGGAGUCUUAAGUGACUUUCAAAAACUAAAAGUAUUCGAAACGUUAGAAACAAUGUAAUGGCAAUGAAAACGCGAGAUAAAACCGUAAAAUAAAUUUUAGCCAUGUCCACGAGUUGCAAAGAAAAUUUUAAUCAACUAUUUUCGCGGCCGGUUUAUUUUUACACCAAAGCGAUCGAGCACGCGGUUCAAUCGCGCGCUUCUCGAGAGAGUUUUUAUUCAGAAUAAUAAUCUUAUAAGUUAUUUACUUUACUUAUAUAUGAGUAAAUGUAUCAAUAAGAUAAUUCAGUCGAAAUUUGGAUUGAAAAAUAACAAAAGAUGGUAGAACAGGGUUCUUGUGCAGUUUGUCUAUCGCCUGCGCCCCAAAAAUGUUCAGGAUGUCAGUACGUCUACUACUGUUCUAAAGAACAUCAGAAACAAGAUUGGAAGCAGCACAAAUACCAGUGCUCCCCAGUACGAGUGAAAGAAGACUCGCAAUUCGGGAGGUUUCUCGAGGCCACGCGAGAAAUAAAAUCUGGUGAUAUUAUCUUGAAGGAGAAACCAUUGAUAUCGGGACCUGCGCAGGUGACUCCACCAGUAUGUCUCGGCUGCUACAAAUUGCUGGAAGAAGGAAAGACUGUGAAAUGUAGCAAGUGUGGUUGGCCGUUCUGUUCUGAGCUGUGCACUGAGAAACCAGAACACGAACCUGAAUGUCAUUAUACGGAAAAAAGAGGAGAAAAGGUCAACAUAACAACAUUUGGUUCGCCACAUCCGAACUAUCAAUGCAUCACCGUCCUCCGAUGCUUGUACCAGCGGGACCACAAUGAGCCGUUGUGGAAGAAGCUCCAAGCGUUACAGUCUCACGACGAGGACAGGAGGGGCACAGACAAGUGGAAUAACGAUAAAAAGAUGAUCUGCGAUUUCAUAUGGAUGUUCUUCAAACUUGACGGCGUCUUCAACGAGGAAGAAAUAAUGAAAUGCUGUGGGAUUUUGCAGAUCAACGGGCAUGAAGUACCUUUAAUGGAGCCGGAGUAUCUGGCAGUAUACGACCGCAUCUCCAUGGUCGAACACAACUGUCGCGCCAACUGUAACAAAAGUUUUACGUCUGCCGGAGAAAUUAUCCUGUGUGCUGGAGACAGUAUCAAGACUGGCGAGCAUGUAACAGUCUGCUACACAGACCCCUUGUGGGGCACGGAAGCGCGGCGCCACCACCUUGCCGACUCCAAGUUCUUCGAAUGCAACUGUGAGAGAUGCUCUGACGUCACCGAACUCGCGACAAUGUACAGUGCUGUCAAAUGUAAAAAGAAGGACUGCAAAGGCUAUCUUCUACCGGAAACUUUCAUCGUACCGCUCUUGCACAAGACGAAGAAACCUGAUCCUGAAACUCGUAACUUAGACAGAAAGUUCUGGAUUUGUAAUAGCUGCAAGGACGCCGUAUCGGAUGCCAUUAUACAACAACUCCUGCAGGAUAUUGGACGAGAACUGAGCGUUAUGCCAAAGGGUGAAGCUGAUGCUUGCGAAAGAUUUGUCAACCACUGCAGCGGCUAUCUGCACCCGUCUCACUAUUACAUGACCGAUGUGAGCCUCGCCCUCGCUCAGAUGAUCGGCCAGGAAGAAGACGUAGGCCUGGCAGCUGUCACUGAUGAUAGGCUGCUGCUCAAAACCCAGCUCUGCAGAAAGAUCGCAGAUUUAUUGGAAACUUUAGCUCCGGCGGAAACCCGGCUGCGUGGUUCGUUGUUAUUUGAGCUCCACGCUGCGGUAGCCGAGACAGGUCGUAGGAAAUCUCUAACUGAAGGUCCUAUGGUCAUGCUGGGCUAUGUUACUGAAUCCAAAAAGAUCUUGACUGAGUCCGCAAGACUUCUUCGCCACGAACCUCCAGAGCUUCCAGAAGGUCGACUAUCCCGUCAGGCCAAGGUCAACUUGGUGCAGAUGGACGAACUCAUCAGGAACCUGUCGGCAGCUCUGCCUUCACCGUUGUAGACUUAAUAAAUAUGUAGAGAUUGGACACGCAA